AUGGUAGAGCACACGACAGCUAAGAAGAAAGAUGAGGCCUACCAAUCAGAAAUCAGAAUAGUCAGCACUCCUUGCCAGCACUGGAGUCAACGUUCUCUAAAUGACAUAGACAAGGUUCUGUGGACCAGUUGGUGUGUGAUAGGACCAAAGCACAAAUUUUAUUUUGCUGGAGACACAGGCUACUACUCAGGUUUCAAACAAAUCGGCAAACGCUACGGCCCUUUUACAUUAUCAACUAUCCCAAUCGGAGCGUACAAUCCACGGUGGUUUCUAGCUCCUCAACAUGUGGACCCAGAAGAAGCAGUAAAAAUUCACAUGGAUAUCAAAUCUCAGACUUCUAUUGGUAUACACUGGGGGACAUUCAAGCUAUCAAAAGAAUUUUAUCUAGAACCUAGGCAAAAGCUGGCAGAGGAGGUAGAGAAACAAGAUUUGUCUCCCUCUUCAUUCAUAACUGUUCACCAUGGAGAAGUGAUUGUGAUAGGGGGCAGUGAUGAACACUAAAGACAGAAAAACUAAAACCACAUGAACUUAUUCAUUCCAUGUUAUAUUUUAACUACAGCCUGAUUUUUACACACCACUUUUUGUAUUAAUAGAUUAGCUUUUUAAAAAAUGUAUACAAUUUGUCCUCCAUUAAGAGUCUAUUAUUUUAUGAAUUUAAAAAAAAAAUCUUGCAUUUAUUUAAGUAUUGUGAUAGAUAUUAUGUAAAACUUACAAUUGUUUAAUGACCUCCAAACUUGAACCGAUAUUGAUAGUUUUUUUUUACAUUUUCUACCAAUUUAUCAGUAUUAUAUGUAUAUAAAAAAUAAAGAGCUUGUGUAAUGAACACAAUAUUUAUACUAAUUUAUAGUAAUGCAAACUUAAUGUGUAUUGUGUACAACAUUUUUCUAGAUGUUUUUGUACAA